GUCAGAUGACAAUGAUUGUGGGUCAGGUUGGCUGUGGCAAGUCAUCACUUCUCCUUGCUAUAUUGGGAGAGAUGCAGACGCUGGAGGGAAAAGUUCACUGGAGCAAUGUAAAUGAAACUGAACCUUCUUUUGAAGCAUCCAGAAGAAACAGAUAUUCAGUGGCUUACGCAGCUCAGAAGCCGUGGCUGCUGAAUGCAACCGUGGAGGAGAACAUUAUCUUUGGGAGCCCAUUUAAUAAACAGAGGUACAAAGCUGUUACAGAUGCGUGCUCUCUGCAGCCUGACAUUGACUUACUACCAUUUGGUGAUCAGACAGAAAUUGGAGAAAGGGGGAUUAAUUUAAGUGGCGGCCAACGACAGAGAAUCUGUGUAGCUCGAGCACUCUAUCAGAACACCAACAUUGUCUUCUUGGAUGACCCAUUCUCUGCACUGGACAUUCACUUAAGUGAUCAUUUAAUGCAGGAAGGGAUUUUGAAGUUUCUGCAAGAAGACAAGAGGACUCUUGUUCUGGUGACACAUAAGUUACAAUAUCUACCACAUGCUGACUGGAUCAUAGCAAUGAAGGAUGGAAUGGUGCUUAGAGAAGGAACACUAAAGGAUAUCCAAACCAAGGAUAUUGAGCUAUAUGAACACUGGAAAACUUUGAUGAAUCGCCAAGAUCAAGAAUUGGAGAAGGAUAUGGAAGCUGACCAGACUACUCUUGAGAGAAAAACUCUUAGAAGGGCCAUGUACCCCAGAGAAUCCAAAUCACAACUGGAAGAUGAAGAUGAAGAGGAAGAAGAGGAAGAAGAUGAAGACGACAAUAUGUCAACUGUCUUGAGGCUCAGAACAAAGAUGCCAUGGAAAACCUGCUGGAGAUACCUAACCUCUGGAGGAUUUUUCUUGCUCUUUCUGAUGAUUUUCUCAAAGCUGUUGAAACACUCAGUUAUAGUGGCCAUAGACUAUUGGCUUGCUACGUGGACAUCCAUGGACAAUGCAAACGAAUUCAGGAACGUUGAUGAUGUUAAGAGCACAAAUAAGACUUACCAUGUAGCUGUCUUCAGCACCCUCUCUGGAGCAGGGAUUGUCCUUUGCCUCAUCACCUCUCUGACUGUGGAGUGGAUGGGCCUCACAGCAGCCAAGAACCUGCACCAUAAUCUCCUCAACAAGAUCAUCCUUGGACCAAUCAGGUUUUUUGAUAUGACUCCAUUGGGGCUAAUUCUAAAUCGCUUCUCUGCUGAUACAAAUAUCAUUGAUCAGCACAUUCCUCCUACCCUGGAGUCUCUUACCCGGUCCACCUUACUCUGCCUGUCAGCGAUCGGAAUGAUCUCCUAUGCCACUCCAUGGUUUCUUGUCGCCCUCGUGCCUCUCGGGAUAGCAUUUUAUUUCAUCCAGAAAUACUUCAGAGUUGCUUCCAAGGACCUCCAGGAACUUGACGACAGCACCCAGCUACCUUUACUCUGUCACUUCUCUGAGACAGCUGAAGGCCUUACCACCAUCAGAGCAUUCAGGCAUGAAGCCAGAUUUAAACAACGUAUGCUGGAACUAACGGACACGAACAACAUUGCCUACUUAUUUCUAUCGGCUGCCAACAGAUGGCUGGAGGUCAGGACGGAUUAUCUCGGUGCUUGCAUAGUUCUGACUGCGGCUGUCACUUCCAUCACUGAAGGGCCUAACUCGGGGUUUGUGGGGCUAGGUCUCCUGUAUGCUCUGACGAUAACCAACUAUUUGAACUGGGUGGUGAGGAAUCUGGCUGAUCUGGAAGUGCAGAUGGGUGCAGUAAAAAAAGUGCACAGCUUCCUGAACAUGGAGUCGGAGAACUAUGAUGGCUACUUGGAUCCCUCUCAAGUCCCAAAAGACUGGCCCCAAGAAGGGGAAAUCAAGAUUGAAAAUUUGUGCGUUCGAUAUGAGAACAACCUGAAGCCUGUUCUUAAGCACGUUAAAGCAUAUAUCAAACCAGGACAAAAGGUUGGGAUCUGUGGUCGUACUGGCAGCGGCAAGUCAUCCCUCUCUUUGGCAUUCUUCAGAAUGGUGGACAUAUUUGACGGGAGGAUAGUGAUUGACGGAAUAGACAUCAGCAAAUUGCCUCUUCAUACUCUCCGUUCCCGACUCUCCAUUAUUCUUCAGGAUCCAAUAUUGUUCAGUGGCUCCAUCCGCUUUAAUUUGGAUCCAGAAUGCAAGUGUACUGAUGAUAGACUCUGGGAAGCUUUGGAGAUUGCUCAGUUGAAGAACAUGGUCAAGUCAUUGCCAGGAGGCCUUGAUGCAACGGUAACAGAAGGAGGAGAGAACUUCAGUGUAGGGCAAAGGCAGCUCUUCUGUCUGGCCCGAGCCUUUGUCCGCAAGAGUAGCAUUCUCAUCAUGGAUGAAGCCACAGCAUCUAUUGACAUGGCCACAGAAAACAUUUUGCAGAAGGUUGUGAUGACUGCCUUUGCAGACCGCACAGUUGUAACAAUAGCGCAUCGCGUUCACACCAUCCUAACGGCAGACCUGGUCAUUGUCAUGAAGCGAGGGAACAUUUUAGAAUAUGAUACGCCUGAGAACCUACUUUCUCAAGAAGACGGCAUCUUUGCUUCAUUUGUCCGGGCUGACAUGUGAAGAAUCGCAUGAUGCAUUUUAACAGCUUAUUUUUAAACAAAUGAAAUGCAAAUAUUUUCUAUUCAAUGUAACAUCACUUUUACCUUUUUUUUUUUUAGAGUGUUUUUCUUCACACUUCCAUCUUCCAAAAUAAUAAAACCUAUUGCAAUACAUGUAUGCCUCAAAGCAAUAAAAAUGUCACUUCAUUCAAAAGCUAUUAAACUUCACACACACACACAUGCACACACACACACAAGGCAGACAUUUUUAUUUCCUGGGAAUUUGGCAUUUUCCUUAGACUUUUUAGUGACUUUAUUUUCUUUUAUAGAGAGCAAAAGAAUGCACUGCUCUUAUAAACUGCAUAUGCUAUGCUGGAACCGGCAAUCAAAUCGUGCAGUUUGUCAAGGAAAUGAGAGAUCCCCA